UGGAAUAUGGCGACUUCCUCAAGACCUGUGGAGGAUGUCACUCGUAGCCUUGGAGAAUCUUUGCUGCCUCUUGGCUUUGAAGUUUAUCCUCUUAAGGUUGGAUGGUAUAAUGCGGUCUUGUCGGAAGCCUUUCACCUCCCCUACCCCGAAGAUACACUGGCUGUGGUGGUGUUGAGCGCACCUGGCAUGUUUGAGAAGGCAUUCCUACCUUUCCUGAAGGCGCACUCUGGCGGAGGCCUUCAUGACUACAUCGAUCAGUGCACAGCACACUGCAUCAGCUCUGCGGUCACCUCAUGUUUUUCUGGGCGUCCGGUAGACAUCAGUUAUGACUAUGAGAUGCAUCCGAACAGGAAGCCCAAGUUUCUGGCCCAGACUGCGACUCACGUGGCCGGAGCGGCCUACUACUACCAGCAGUCAGACGUCCCCGACCCACCGUGGGGCAACAAGAAGAUGUUCGGCGUGUGCAUCCACCCAAGGCUAGGAGGCUGGUUUGCCGUGCGGGCUCUGCUGGUCUUCAAAGACGUCCGGGUGGGGGAGGAGGAGCUCUGUCAGCAGGCGGCUCCUCUGGACUGCGUGAGGUCCCGUGAGGAGCGCAUCGAGCUGCUGGAGAGGUUUAACCUGCGCUGGCAAGACGGCACCUACAGGGACAUCAUCCAGGCGGAGGAGAGCUACUCGCAGCAGCAGAGGGAGUACUUCACCACCGCACCGGGAGAGCGCGUCGCCUUGCUCAAGCGGUGGGGAUACUUAUCAGGCAGCACCACAGAGACCGAGACAGAGACCGAGAGCCAGCCGGACACUCGACACGGUUGUGAGCUCAGCCACGGAUGAGAGACUGAGGUGCUGUUUCUGCGUAUCAGGAUAUUUUUGAAAACACACUGGUUUUGGCCUUCCUCUUCCGAGUUUUAAAAUGUACAUUUAAAAAAAUAUCCCAUUUGGGGGGCUGAAACGCACCUGUUACAAUGGAUCUUUUUUAUUUCUUAUCCACAUGUUGCAUUUACACCUAAACACAGGAUACAAAUAUCCACAUUUCAAAAUAUCCGGAUACGUGGAAACAGCACCUGAGGGGCCAGUCUGUUGUGUGUUUGUGGUUGCAAAUCAUUCUAGCAGUUCCUUCCAUCCUUACCAUCCUUACUCCAUCAUCUGGUCUCCUGCCUCAACACAUGGGCCAAUGAAGGGUUUUUUUUGGCUCAGACAUCAGGAGGUUCAACCACAGCUAAUGCCCAUAAAUUAAAUUAAUAAGUAAUUGGUAAUGAUUAAAUAAAUGAAUUUAAUCUGUACAAUAGUGGCAUUACAGUAGCUGUGGUUGCACCACCUUGACGUGUGCUACUACCCUGCUCUGCUGUCAAGUAGCAUCGACCAGCUUCAUUAUCUUCAUUGGAAAUGAGAGGAUAAUAUUCUGUAUUGUGUUUUUGGGCGGUCAUGGGUAAGCAGUUAGGGCGCCAGACUUGUAGCCCAAAGGUUACCUGUUCGACCCCUGACCCGCCAGGUUGGUGGGGGGAGUAUUUAACCAGUACUCUCCCCCAUUGUCCUCCAUGACUGAGGUGCCCUGAGCAUGGUACCGUCCCGCCGCACUGCUUCCUUCCGGGCGCCAUUGGGGGCUGCCCCCUUGCGCGGGUGAGGCAUAAAAUGCAAUUUCGUUGUGUGCAGUGUGGAGUGCUGUGUCAUAAUGACAAUGGGAGUUGGAGUUUCCCGGGUGGGCUUUCACUUUUUUUUGCAAGAUAUUAAAUGAAAACGUUUAUCAUUGACAACGUCGGUGCCUUGCGUCACAAUGCAGAAGACCAGAUGAAAGAACGGGAGGAAGUAGAAUACUUUGCAGCCUGUUAUGUGUGUAGAUCCAGUUACCUGUAGUGCUAUUACUGCCAACAAGUCAUGAGUGUGGAAGCUUUUGCGUGGCAGAACGCACUAAGCACGUCUUCAUCUUCUUUGCCUUUUCAUGUUUCUAUGUGCCUUCACUUAGAGUAUAUAAGCAAUAAUUCCUUUUACAAAGGAAAUAAAGAUGGUGGGAGUGGUAAGUCAUACGUUAGGCUUUCCUACAGUCUUAGAAGAUGUGACAUUAAUGUGAGGUUUGUGAUAUUAAUAAAUGGCAAUGCCAGUUUCUUUUAGCCUGGUUCACACCAGACGGUGUAUGUGUAGCUUCGGCGCCCCCUGGCGGA